CCUCUAUGCAAGAGUAGUCUUCUCUUCUCUAUCUAUAGAGCUGCCCCUCUCAAACAAACAAAAAAUAAAUAAAAUACUCACCUGAAAAUCCCUUUAUCAAUCAAAAGAAGAAACAAAGAAUUCUCUCUUCUCAGAUCUCAAAAUUAACCAGUCUUGUUUCUCUCAGCAGAUCUAGUCUUCAAUUUGAACAAACAGAUUCUGUAAGUGCUUGAUUUCUGGGUUGAAAAUGAGAUUAGUAUGGGUUUGGAGACCUGGCUAUUGAAAUUCAAUGGAGUAUGGCUGAAGAUCUGAUAUUUUUGUGUUAGUUGGAAAGAGUUAUUUGGAGAAUUUGAAGGGCAAGAAGAAGUUUUGGGGGUAAAAGAUGGCAGCUGUACAGAAAUAUCAAGUAGUAUCAAGUAUGAGUACAAGUGGUAGUAAUUAUGGAUCUAGUAGUAUUAGUAAUACUAAUAAGGUUGUUGUUGAUAGUGGUGGUGGAGGUGGUGUUUCUGAUCAGUUUCCUGUUGGAUUAAGAGUUCUUGUUGUUGAUGAUGAUGCUACUUGUUUGAGGAUUUUGGAGCAGAUGUUAAGGAGGUGCAUGUAUCUAGUUACGACUUGUUGCCAGGCUACUGUGGCUUUGAAUCUCCUCCGGGAAAGGAAGGGUUGUUUUGAUGUGGUAAUAAGUGACGUGCACAUGCCUGAUAUGGAUGGAUUUAAACUCCUUGAACUUGUUGGGCUGGAAAUGGACCUUCCUGUUAUCAUGAUGUCAGCUGAUGGGCGCACAAGUGCUGUUAUGCGAGGAAUCAAACAUGGAGCUUGUGAUUAUUUAAUUAAGCCAGUAAGGUUCGAGGAGUUAAAGAACAUAUGGCAGCAUGUUGUUCGGAAAAAGUAUGGUGGAAGUAAAGAGCCUGAACAAUCAGGUAGUGUAGAAGAAAGCGGUGAUCGCUAUAAACAAGGCGGUGAUGACGCAGACUAUGCCUCUUCUGCUAAUGAGGGAACGGAUGGUAGUUGGAAGGUUCAGAAAAAAAGGAAGGAUACCAAAGAUGAAGAAGAUGACGGGGAGUACGAUAAUGAUGAUCCUUCUGCAGCCAAGAAGCCACGUGUGGUGUGGUCAGUAGAGCUCCAUCAGCAAUUUGUCAGUGCCGUGAACCAACUUGGAAUUGACAAGGCGGUUCCAAAGAGAAUUCUUGAAUUAAUGAACGUUCCAGGUCUUACCAGAGAAAAUGUUGCAAGCCAUCUGCAGAAAUUCAGAUUAUACUUGAAGAGAUUAAGUGGAGUAGCUCAUCAGCAGGGUGGGGUGUCUAGUCCUUUCUACAGCCCUGUAGACUCAAAUCCCAAGCUUGGUUCAUUAGGUAGGCUUGAUAUUCAGGCGUUGGCUGCAUCUGGUCAAAUUCCAGCUCAAACAUUAGCUGCUCUACAUGCUGAGGUUUUAGGUCGACCAACAGGCACACUAGUUUUGUCAGAUAUGGACAAACCUGUUCUCUUACAGUCAUCAUUGCAGAGUCAUAAAGUCCUACCCGGUGAACGAAGAGCCUCUUAUGGUCACCCUAUUGUUAAAUCGAGUAUACCCAAACAGUUCUCUCAAUCUCACUUACCUAUGGAAGAUUUUCCUUCAAUGUUUGGAUCAUGGCCUUCAAACAAUAUGAGUACAGUGAACUCCUUAGGCAACCAUGGAGAUUUGAAUACCCAAAACAGUAACAUGUUGAUGCAGAUGUUUCAGCAGCAGCAGCAGUCCGGUUUACCCGAAACCAGCCAUGGAACUAAUGUGCAGCCGUCUUGCGUUGUAGUCCCCUCUCAAUCUCCAACCAGUUAUCAAGCUGUAAAUGCUUCCAUCCAUCUAAAUCAGAAUUCUGCAUUUAGCAGCUCCCCAGUGAUCGAUUAUAAUCUACUGUCUUCUCAAUCAAAUUCUGUCUCAGUUGGUCUAGGUCAACAAAUCUCAGAUGUUGAUCACUUCAAAAACAAUGGUGUCCUGAACGGGUACUCACUUCCAGUUUCCGUUUCUCAAUCUAUGUCAUUUUCCCCACCAGUCCAGGCCGACAACAACGCAAGUUGGCAAGUCCAGAGUCCUGGCAUGGGUUUUAGUACUACUAGUAAAUUGUCAGGACUUGCUCCUAAUAUGAACGAGAUUCAGAGUUCUAUAUAUAUCCCUACAAACAGUGACUCAUCCAGUCAAGGAAGAACUAUGAACCUUGGGUUUGUUAACAGAGGGACUUCAUAUCCUAGCAGGUUCGCAGUGGAUGAUUUUGAUUCAUCUUUUGACAAUGUAAACAGUGUGAGAACAUCUGCAGACAAUUACGGCAUUGGAGACAGAGUAAAGCAAGAGACCAAUUUAGAGUUUGCAGAGAGUGAUAAUGUCACGUUGCCUGUACUCCAACAUUACCCUCCGAAUGAUCUCAUGAGUGUGCUAUCUAAGUAAAGAAUGUAAUGAAUGUAUAUCUGUUGAAGGCCUUAAUGUAUUUGUGGGGGGCCUUUGUUGUUGUUGUGAAAUCUGUCAUUUGUCACUGUGUGCAUCAUCUCAUUUGCGCAUUGCCUGGUUUACUUAAAAAUUGUAAUGAAAUUCUCACAUUUUUAGCUGGAAAAAAUGAUGUUGGUUGAUUGUUGAAAA